AUGUACGGCUUUCAAGCCAGCCGUAAAUUAAACAAAAGUCAUAAACAAUGCCUCUCAUUCCUCGCUGCCUCUUCCAUUUCUUUCGAAAUCGCCCGAGAUCCCGCAGCUUCUUCUCCAUCCUCUCCUUCUGUUCGGUUUUCAAACUCUCUCCUCGUAGGCGUGAGCAUCUUAUUCCUUGACCCUUCUCCUAGCCAAAGUGAUAAGCCAAUGCAUCUUUUGUCUUCAUCAACACCCAUGACAUAUUCGUUGCUGCCAGCUUCAAUCAAAUUCCUAACAGGGAUUUGGUCAGAGUUUGCAAGGAUGAAGGAGGUUCGGUGGUUGGCUUUGGCAAUUGGAGGCUAUGACAAUAGAAAUGGCAAUGGAUAA